AUGCUGCUGCAGCUCCCUCCUCCUCCUGCUGCUGCUCCUGCUGCUCCUGCUGCUGCUCCUGCUGCUGCUGCUGCUGCAGCAGCAAACGGGCAGCGCGGUGCUGCGUACUGGUGGUGGCUUGAAGAGCUAAGAAAGCAUCAGCUGCUAGCACCACAACCAACAGCAGCAGCACCAGCAGCAGCAGCACCAGCAGCAGCAGCAGCAGCAGCAGAAGGAACAGCAGCACAAUCACGAUCAUCAUCAUCGUCAGCAAAACCAUCAGCAGCAGCAGCAGCACCAGCACCAGCACCAGCAGCAGCAGCAGCAGCACCACCGCCAUCAGGAGCACCACCAGCAGCAGCAGCAGCAGCACCAGCACCAGCAGCAGCAACAGCUGCUGCUGCUGCAGCAGCAAACGGGCAGCGCGGUGCCGCGUACUGGUGGUGGCUUGAAGAGCUAAGAAAACAUCAGCUGCUAGCACCACAACCAACAGCAGCAGCAGCAGCAGCAGCAGCAGCACCAGCAGCAGCAGGAGCAGCAGCAGCACAAUCACGAUCAUCACCAUCAUCAGCAGCACCACCAUCAGCAGCAGCAGCAGCAGCACCAGCAACAGCAGCAGCAGCAGCACCACCACCACCACCGCCAUCAGUAGCACCACCAGCAGCAGCAGCACCAGCACCAGCACCAGCAGCAGCAACAGCUGCUGCUGCUGCUGCUGCUGCUGCUCGUGGUUUGCCUGUUGUUUAUAUUUCUGUUGAGCCCCCCAACCGCAGCAGCUAUUUGGGGUGUAUAUACACCGCAGUGCUGCAGCAGCAGCAGAAUUUAUUGUUGUUUACUCCUUCUUUGUCUCCUUUUUCUUUCUUUUCUAUCACUCAACAAAACAACUAUAACCCUAUAUGUAUACAAUGUCCUGCUGCUGCUGCUGCAGCACAAGCAGCAGCAGCAGCAGCAGCAGCAAUAGAAGCAGAAAAAAAAGCAGCAGCAACACCACCUUCAAACCCAUCAUCAUCAUCACCAUCAUCAGCAUCAGCAGCAGCAGCAGCAGCAGCAGCAACACCACCACCAGCACCAGCACCACUACCAUCAGCAGCAGCAGCAGCAGCAGCAGCAGCAGCAGCAGCAGAAAAGGGAUGGAGUGAAGCAGGCUGGCUGCUGUGGGCUGAGCUGCAGCGCCAAAUUACUUUCGGGGUUUUAUCUCCCCCUGUCUUCUUUGAGUGCUUCGAUCCAGCAGCAGCAGCAGCAGCAACAGCAGCAGCAGCAGCAGCAACAGCAGCAACAGCAGCAGCAGCAGGAGCAGGAGUAACAGGAACAGCAGCAGCAGCAGCAGCACUAACGUCAUUAUCAUCAUCAGCAGCAUCACCAGCAGCAGCAGGAGCAGCAGCAUCAGCAUCAGCAGGAGCAGGAGCAGCAUCAGCAGCAGCAGCAGCAGGAGCAGCAGGAGCAGCAGCAACAGCAGCAGCAGCAGGAGCAGCAGCAGCAGCAGCAGGAUUUGUUUCUGUGUCUUCAUUGUUAUCUCUCCCUGUUUUACUUUCUUCUUUUUCUUUUGCUGCUGCAGCAAUUUGUAAAUACUUAAAAAAAAUAGAAAUAGAAGCAGCAGCAACACAAUACCCCUUUUCAGGGUUUAGAGGGGACGGGGCCAACUCCUUGACGGAGCUCCAGCAGCAGCAGCAGCAGCAACAGCAGCAGCAGCAACAGCAGCAGCAGCAGCAGCAGCAGCAGCCACAGCAGCAGCAGCAACAGCAGCAGCAGCAGCAGCAGCAGCAAAAACACUAA